AUGCUUGGUUUCUCGGAAGAUGAAAUUGCUUAUUUUAUUGCAUUUAUUCGUAUUCUUUCAUACUCUUCGUUUGGCAUGUUACAAAAAUAUUUCGGUGUAAAAGAAACUAUAAUGGUUGGAUUAUUUUUUAAAAUUGUUCAAUUAGCAGCAUUUGGCAUAGCUACAUCAAAUUGAAUUUCUUAUUGUUCUCUUGGUGAAUCCGGUCGUGAUAUACGAAUUUCUUUAAAAGUUGAUUUUGUUGUAUUAGGUGAUGAUGAAAAACGAAUUUCAGAUCGAUUUGGUGAACCUCGAGGUGCAAUUGUUAUAACUGGUGAUUGA